AUGGAAUCUUCCAUUGAUAAAGUAAAAGUAAUAGUACGUUAUUUUAAGCAGAGCACCACCGCUGCUGAUAAAUUAACCAAAUAUUUAGUGGACCAUGGACUUCCACCAAAACGGUUGAAACAAGACUGUCCGACCAGAUGGAACUCAACAUUUUAUAUGUUGGAAAGGUUUAUUGAACUAGAAGAACCACUGCGUGCUACCAUGGCAGUAAUAAAUAAAGAUAUACCCGUCAUAUCUUUAGAAAAAUGGAAGGCAUUUAAAGUGCUGUGCCAGGUACUGCGACCCUUCGAAGAAAUAACACGAUCUGUGAGUGGUGAAAAAUACAUCACAGCGGGUUCAGUAGUCAUUUAUACGAGAUGUCUAGCUGAAAGCCUGAAUUUAUUGAUGCAUGACAAUGUCCUAUGUGAUGUUGUGUACUUGGUUGCAUUAAAUUUAAAGAAAGGGUUAGAAGAACGAUUUAAAAAUAUAGAAAAAAGUGGAACUUUUUCACUCUGCCUUCUCUUAGAUCCCAGAUUUAAAUUAAAGGCUUUUGAAGACCAGGCAACGGGUUUAUUAACAAAAAACAAGUUGAUUGAAAUGGUACAAUGCCAAAUAUCAAAACAAUUUAAUUUCCAACCAGUUCCAAAGGAAACAUCAAUAGAAAAAGAAAAAAAAUGA